AAUAAAAAUUAAAAAAAUGAAAUUAUUUCUGAAAAUUCCGUGGAUUAACUCAAGCACAAUAAAUCAAUAUUUAGCUACAUUUGCUGUCAACAUUCUCUCAAUCACUCAUGGCUGUGCAAUUGGAUGGUCAUCCCCGAUGAUUCCAUACCUCAAAUCUGAAGACACACAUCUUAAAAGUGGACCAAUAAAUGCAACGGAAGCUUCAUGGAUUGAGAAAAUCAUCAAAAAACAUUAUUCAGAUUGGGAACAAAGAAGGUUCUAAGUGGGCAUGGUCAAAACAUCAUCUUACUAGCCAUGCCCUUGGCCUUAUUAAGUAUUUCCUUUGUUUUGACAAUAAUUUGUCAUGUCAUUGUGUCUACCUUGACUUGUUGACUCUCACUUUUUCUUAUCUCAAAAGAUAGCGACCACAAAACAUUUAUCGCUAGAGUGGCCAUAAACUUGAUUGUCAGGUCUCAAUUUAAAGCAAUUAGUUAUCAAUAGAAGACACAAGAAAACAUUUAUUGCUGUCCAAAAUGCAACUUACUGGAUUCUUUGUUGCUUAAAAAAAAUAUAAAAAUUCCAGGUUCAGCAAUAACACUCGGAGCCUUAGUAAAUAUCUUCAUAAUUGGAAAAGUUGCAGACUACAUUGGAAAAAAGAAAUGCUUAAUCAUUCUCUGCCUUCCAAACCUUGCAUUUUAUAUUUUAACAUACAUGGCAACAAAUGUCAAUCAUCUUUAUGCUGCACGAGCAGUUGCAGGCUUCACCGGAGGUGGAUUACUUAGGAUUGUUCCUCUUUAUAUUGGCGAAAUUGCUGAAAGUAAUGUUCGAGGCAAACUUGGAGCUUAUUUCCCACUUGGAAUGAAUUUUGGGAUAUUUUUGAUGUAUGUCCUUGGAACCUAUUUGGAUUAUCACACAAUAUCAUUCGUGAUGGUUCCAUUUGUUCUUUUAUAUGCUGCAUUGAUGCUGUUUCUUCCUGACACACCACAAUUUUUGAUCAAGAAGCAUCGGGAUGAGAAGGCAUUAAAGUCACUGAAGUUUUAUAGAAAUUGUAAUGAGAAAGAUUCUCAAAAUAUUGACAUGAUUAAAAAGGAACUAGAGUCUCUAAAGAUAAAUGUGCUGAAUCAUCACAAAACAGAAGUCAAGUUGAAGGAUUUUACUGAGAAAGCUUCAAUUCGUGGACUACUAAUUGGUGUCUUCCUAAUGGCUAUAAUGCCAUUCUCUGGCAAUAUGACAAUCUUGUCAUACACAGCAGACAUCUUUGAUUCGUCUGGCUCAUCACUGAGUGCUAAUGAAUCAUCAAUGAUCAUCGGAUGCAUCCAAUUUAUUGGAAUUUACAUCGCAAGCUUGUUUGUCGAUAAGUUUGGACGAAAGAUUUUAAUGAGCAUUUCAUGUCUUGGCUCAGGCUUAUCACUUCUACUUAUUGCUUCAUAUUCUUAUGUCACAUCAAUAUUUGAAGUUCCAUCCAGUUUAAGUUGGAUUCCAAUUGUCAGCUUAUCGUUGACUAUUUUGUUAAAUUCCAUUGGAAUUUCAUCACUUCCGUUUAUGAUUGUGACUGAGUUGGUGCCUCAGAAGAUUAGGGAAACUUCUGUGACAAUUCUGAUGGCUUGCAUGACUUUGUUUGUUUUCACAAAUCUUAAGGUCUUCCCACCUCUUGUUGAGGUCAUUGACCUUUAUGGAUGCAUGUUCAUUUAUGCUGGAUUUUGCAUAGUCGGAUCGAUCGUCACAAUCUUCAUCAUGCCAGAAACGAAAGGGAAAAACUUGUUCCAAAAUCAUGAAUCAUGAAGGCACAGAUAAGAAAAAUGCGGAAACUUA